AUGAGCGGCAUCACAGUGGGAGUUCUUGCCCUCCAGGGCGCUUUCUACGAGCAUCUGCAGCUGCUCAAGAAGGCUGCCACCAGUCUGGAGCAGUCCCAGAGUAUUCCGGCCUCACAAUGGGAAUUUAUCGAAGUGCGGACUAAGGAGCAGCUUGACCGAUGCGAGGCUCUGAUCUUGCCGGGAGGUGAGAGCACCACGAUCUCUCUGGUGGCUGCAAGCUCCAAUUUGUUGGAACCCCUGCGGGACUUCGUCAAGCUCGAUCGCAAGCCAGUAUGGGGCACCUGCGCUGGGCUGAUCCUCCUUGCGGAAUCUGCGAACCGGACCAAGAAAGGUGGCCAGGAACUCAUCGGCGGCCUCGAUGUCAGAGUCAACAGAAACCACUUCGGUCGCCAGACCGAGAGUUUCCAGGCGCCGCUGGAACUUCCCUUCCUUGAAGCGCUAGAGUCCAAUCCCCAGCAAACGUCUCCUUUCACUGGAGUUUUCAUUCGCGCUCCAGUGGUCGAAAAGAUUCUGCCCCAUCAAGAUGGCAUCCAGAUGGAAGAGGAGAAGAGAGAGGAAACCGUCAUCGCUCCUUCGCGAGAGGCCAAGGACCAGGCCGCUAAGGACGCGAUGGAAGACCAUGUGGAAGUGUUGGCAAAACUGCCUGGACGAGCGGCGAGACUAGCCACCGCUGGAGUGGAUAUACCUGCUGAGCAGGAAACCGGUGAUAUCAUCGCCGUCAGACAGGGCAAUGUCUUUGGAACGAGCUUUCACCCAGAGCUCACGGACGAUGCGAGAAUCCACGCCUGGUGGUUGCUGCAGGUACAGGAAGCUGUGAACAAGAGACGGAACGCAGAAGGCUUGCCUUUGAGAUGA